UGUUUUACGUCUGUGUUAGAAUGUUUUGAUUACUGAUCACUGAUGGUUUUGAUUCAUUCGAUUCUAGAUUCAACUCAUGUCUAGUUGCAUAUUGACCUUAUUACACGCUGAAAGAUCAAAAUGCCAUAUUUGUUGAUAAGCACUCAAAUCCGACUAGAGAAUGGUCCAACAAUAUGCGGUGAUGAAUGGACAGAUCCAGAAGUAAUGAAAUACCUAGAAUGUGAACUUGUGCAACAAGCCGGUAACAUAUUCAAACAAUAUGAAUGCAAAUACCCACCAAGAAUUGUACUUGAUAAACUGGAGCUACUUGGAUAUCAAGUUAUAGCAAUGUGUGGAGCUGGGCAAACUAUAAUUUGGACUUUGAAAAAAGUUUAGUCUGAUUCAAGAUUGUAGCUGUAGAAAUUACUUUUGCAUAAGAGUUGUGAUCAGGUACUGCCUGGAACACUGUCCAGCCACAAUACUUGAUGUUGAAGGUGCUCUUUUUUUAAACAGUUGUUUUACAUGUGCUGUAUUUUACAGUAUUUUUUCAAAACUCAUUAGUAAUGUACAACAAGUCAGAAUGAAUUCAAUAAAUUAUUUUAUGCACACUUAAAGAUUAACUGUCAACCAAUAAAGAAGCUUUUGUAAUUUAUAGGGUC